GACAACGCGUUGCUUUCACACUAUAAAUUAAAAAGCGGGAUCUUUAUUGGGUGGGUUUGCACUUAAUGUUGGUGUUUCUGUAACAAGUUUAAAUAUUGUAAAUUAUACGUUAAUUUUUCUGAAGUGUGCUUCCCAACCUAAGAAUAAGAAACGUUUUAUAUCGUAGAUCGUAAAAAUGUCAGAAGAUAAGAAGGAGACGAAGUCGGAAUCAGAACACAUAAACCUUAAAGUUCUGGGCCAAGAUAAUGCUGUAGUUCAAUUUAAAAUAAAGAAACAUACACCACUGCGAAAGUUGAUGAAUGCGUACUGUGAUCGUGUAGGCUUGGCGAUAGCAGCAGUAAGGUUUCGAUUUGACGGCCAACCAAUUAAUGAAAUUGACACACCAACGUCAUUAGAGAUGGAGGAAGGAGAUACCAUAGAAGUUUAUCAACAACAAACGGGAGGAUUAUGUUGAAAAAUGAUUCAGUUAUUAUCUUCUGGUUUAAGAAUGAACUAAGUGAAUACAUUUCUUUUCAGUGUGAUAACCUACACUUUCACAAGUUUACAUUGUUUCGAUAUUAUUUAAAUAUACUUAAUAAAUUAAUUGGGAUAAAUUUGGAUUGGCAGACUUUGAGCAAAAAUGUAACAUGUACAUAGAAACAUAAUCUACAUGAGGUACAGUGGAUCAGGCUCGGUAACCAAUAUUAUUUAUUAUUAUUAAUAUUGCCAACACAGUAAGAACAUCAUAAACAUUCCUUAAUUACCGAUUAUUGUUAACUCUAGACCUCAUGUAUCAUUUUUUCCAGUCUGAAGUGAAUGGUCAAUAGCAAAUUCAUAAUUUCAUUGAAGUUUAGUUGAUAAAACACCCAUUUAAUGAAUAAAAAUUCUCAGUGCAGGAACGAAGCUUGAAACCUGUUAGGGUGGGUUUAUACCCCGCUCAUGAGUUUGAGGGUUGAAUAUCUUACUCAUCUGAUUAUUCUUUCACACAUGUGCGGAGGAAUAAUGCCCCCUGGCGUACAUGAAUUCUCUUUUUACAAAUAUUCUGCUACCAGUGUUGAUAGAAGGUUCAUUGUUUCAGGUUGAGGAAUAAGUUUCCGCCGUUUUUAACGUAAUGUAACGUAAUUAAAACGGCGGGAACUUAUUCCUCAGCUAAUAUUUGGGGGAAUGACCCACGUUCAAUGUUUCGCACCCAGAAACAUUACAAUUCGUUUCAUCAAGGCAGACUGAUAAAGUGAAACGUCAACUCAUUGAUAACAACGGACGCUGUCAUUCCCAGAAACCACAAAUUUAAGAAACAACUUGGACCGUGGUAGCAUAAAAUCUGUAAGACAUUCAUGUUAGCCAGUAUACAUAAAGUUUGCAUUUGUUUUAUUUGUGUUCUUAGUCUUCAGUUUUUCUCACUCAGUCCUAUAUUUUUACGUUAGUGAACUCCUCGUUAACCCUUGACUGGCAAGGUAGAUAUUUGCAACGUGAGUGGUUAGAGGAGGGUACAAUUAAGUCAAUUUAUGAUAUUUUAUGAUAACGAGGGAGAGAGAAAGAGAGUAAUAAAAUAUUGAAUAAUAUAAAUAUUAAAUUGUAUCUUUUGAUAAACAAAAAUAUGUAUUGUUGUACUUACAUUUUCCCGUAAUUCAGUUUUUACUAUCGUGAAGUCUAGAAUGUUAUAUUGCACAAAGUUACAUAGAAAUGUAUAAACUAUAUCGAAUAUCGUCAUUUCAAUUUUUACUUCACCAGUCAAGGAUUAAUUGCCGACUCUUAUAAAUCAAGAAAUAUAACAUCUCAAAUAUACUCGUGUCUUUUUUUUUUACACCGAAGGUGCUCUUUUUGGGAUGUGCCUGUUGGAAAUGUCUUUAAAAGAAUCUAAAACGUAUUCAAGGGUUGAAAAUCAUAACAGUAUGUCAUUGAUUUACUCGAAUGAUUCUUUGUCGCUUUGUCACAAUAAUUGAUGGUUUACAAGCCGUGCCACUUAAACGUAGUAGUACCUUAUAUUGGCAUUUGCAAACCUUUGUACGUCAGAUUAUAAGGUCUACGAUGUAAAGGUUUUGAACCUCUCGAAAUAAAAUAAAAGUUUUUAUAUA